AAUUCAAUGGCAUGAGACACGAUUUUCUGAUCUUCUUAAUUUGAGACAUUCUUUGAUCAUCUUCAAUGUCAGAGAGCUCAAAAUAGAAUCCACAUUUUGGCUUAAACUUUGCACAUUAUACAACAUUGGACUCCAAAUUUUGAACCGCUAACUGUCAGGAAAUGGCAGAAAGGAAAGCCGCUGAUGAAGGGAAAUUUCUUGUUGGAGUCGCACUAACUUGUAGUCGUAAAAGCAAGUUCAUCUUGAAAUGGGCAUUGGAUAAAUUCCUUCCAGAGGGCGAUGUCACGUUCAAGCUCAUAUACGUGUACCCGAAAAUAACAAUAGUACCUACAGCAAUGGGCACUUGGCUACCUGUAGCACAAGUACGGGAGGACGUAGUAACGGGUUAUAGGCAGGAAACCGAGUGGAAGAAACAGAGGAAGCUUCUUCCAUACCAGAAAAUACUGAGAGCACAAAAGGUUAAAGCAGACAUUAUAGUACUUGAGUCAGAUGAUGUUGCAAUGGCACUCUCAUUGUAUACUACUAGACAAGAAAUACGACAUCUUGUUAUCGGUGUUUCAACAAAUGGCAUUUUUUCACUGAAAAAUCUGUCACUGAUCAGGGGAGAUGACUUAUCACAAGUUAUCUCAGAGAAUGCUCCCACUUUUUGUUCAGUGUAUGUCAUUGGUGAUGGAAAGCUUCAGCAACUACGUCCUGCAGAUUCAGAACAGAAUGUAAUAACCGUAGAUGAGACAAGUAAUCUGUCAACCACAUCGACUGACAGUUCUUCUAGCUCUUCUUCUCUUACUAUAGGCCGUCUAUUGAAAAGCAAACCUUCAUCGCCACAAUACGGAGGCUUGGCUACUCCUUCAGAACCCUCCCCCUCUACUUCCCAACCUAAACAACACGAACCCCUCCCAAGAACUGAUGUUGGGCAUAAAACAUUAGCAAGGGAAACAACAGAACUCAGGCAUUAUGCCUUCAAGGAUACAAACAUGAAUUUUGCCAGUAUUCGGAGUCACAGUUCUAGCAGUGGAGACUCUGGAUCAUGGAUCUCUGAUCGAACAUCUCCUGGAGGUUCAUUUGCCGGGACCCAAUCUGAUGCCUUAUCGCCUAUGGGGACCCCACCCCCGAGAUCUUAUCUACAAACCCCACCACCUUCAGGUGCUUUUGUUGGGACUUCUCAUGCAGUCUCUUAUGCAGAAACACCCCCAACAAGUUAUUAUAGGGGCACUCCUACUUCGGUCUCUCCUAUAGGAACUCCACCCACACGUUCUUAUGCAGGCACUCCUCUUGCAAUGUCUCGCCCAGGAACUCCACCAGGAGGUUCUUAUGUGGGCAGCAUUCCUGCUGUCCCUUAUGUUGGGACUCCACCACCUUCAGUUUCUUUUCUAGGCCCGUCCGGCUCUGAACUAAGUGCUUCUCCAAAUCAGAUGUCUGAACUUGAAAAGCUAAGGAUUGAACUAAGGCAUAUAGAAAAAAUGUAUGAACUGACUCAGAAUAGUUCUAUUGAUGAAAGGUUCCACUUUCCACUUGAUCAGCUCCAAGAAAUAAGCAAGGAACGACUGGAGGAAGCACUAAAACUAAAGGCGGAACAGUGUAACGAGUUCGAGAAGAACAAACACAAAACAGCACAAUUUGAAGCUGUAGAUAACAGGGGAAGAGCUGCAAGAAACAGAUCCUAUGAUAAAGCAGAAGCUAAGGCUGCCAAAGAGGAGGAAGAGAGUAAAAACAAGCUGAAAGAGCUGUUUUUAAGCCCAGCUGUUCAGUACCAGAAAUUUACCUGGGACGAGAUCGUAGAAGCCACUUCGUCCUUGUCAGAGGAGUAUAAGAUAGGGGCGGGUGCGUUCGGGACUGUCUACAAGUGCAAGUUGCACCACACCACUGUGGCGGUUAAGGUUCUGCAUUGCAAAAAUAGCGUCACAAACAAGCAGUUCGUUCAGGAGCUAGAAAUCUUGAGCAACAUUCGUCACCCUCACUUGCUGCUGUUGCUUGGUGCCGUUCCAGAAGAAAGUUCCCUCAUAUAUGAGUACAUGGACCAUGGCAGCCUUGAUGAUAGGUUGUUCCAGAAAGACGGCAGACCUCCUCUACCAUGGUAUGAAAGAUUCAGAAUCUGCUUUGAGGUGGCAGGCGCUCUUGCCUUCCUUCACAGCACGAAACCAAGACCUAUUAUUCACAGGGACCUGAAACCAGCAAACAUCUUGCUUGACCACAACUUAGUUAGCAAGAUUGGUGACGCUGGUCUCGGUACAAUGAUCAAUGUAGAGCCCACCAAUGUGUCCCUAAAAACCAUGUACAAGGAAACCAGCCCAGUUGGUACACUCUGCUACAUUGAUCCCGAGUAUCAGAGGACUGGAAGAGUUUCAACUAAGUCGGAUAUUUAUGCCUUAGGAGUGGUGAUCUUACAGUUGUUGACAGCAAAACCUGCAGUUGGGAUUUCCUAUUUGGUCGAGGAUGCAAUUGAUGAAGGCACUUUGACAGAAUUCUUGGAUCCCGAAGCUGGGGAAUGGCCAGAGAAGGAAUCGCUAGAGUUGGCAUUAUUAGGGUUGCAAUGUUCUGAGCUUAGGGGUAGAGAUAGGCCUGAUCUAAGAGAGAAGGUUCUUCCUGCCCUAGAGAGAAUGAAAGAAGUGGCUGACAUUGCCCGGGAAUCGGCUUCAUAUGCCCAAACAGCAACACCAGCACACUAUAUCUGCCCCAUUCUCAAGGAGCUAAUGGAGGACCCAUAUGUGGCAGCCGAUGGAUACACAUACGACCGGGGGGCGAUAGAGCAAUGGCUGACAGAAAACGACACAUCGCCUACAACAAACCAACAACUUCCUCACAAGUUUAUAAUGCCAAACACCGCCCUGCUUGAGGCCAUUACACAAUGGAAAUCUAAAAAACGGACAAAAUAAUUGAUGUACUUUGCUGCAUUGGCAUCUCUAGACCACUACGGCUUGGCUUUGUUUUGUGGAAGAGGGUGUGUGUAUACAUGGAACUUAAGCAACUACUACUGUACUUUGUCCUAAGCUUUAACAGGAUCUAGAACGGGAAAGAUUGAUUAAUUCUUGUGUUACACUUAUAUUUUGGCUAAUGUAAUUGGACAUGAUAAUAUGUCCAUUAAUGAGAAUAUAAAUCAACUUACCCCAUCUUUGGAUAUGCAUGAUAACAUUUACUCUGUAUAUUUAAACGAAUAGAAUUACGGGGUUUUUCCCUUGACAUGUCUUC